UCCAGCUCCCCCGUCAUCCCCCAAUCACGCUUCCUCGACUCUGUUUCUCCGCCCUCGCCCGCGCCCUCGCCCUCCAUAUAUCUAUCCCUACCUGCCUCUCCUUCUCCGCAGCCUUCUUCACCAUGACCUUCUCUUGUUUCACGCCUGACUUGUGUGUCUCCCUCGCUAUUUCACUCUUGCUGCUUCUCUAUCUCUUUCUUCUUGCCUUGGAAUCCCCAUGGAGCAACAAGGCCAUUUCUUGGUUGCCCCAAGAUUGCAGCUUCCCCUGUUCCUACGCUAGGCGUGAUGACGACGCUACCUACUCUGCAUUCAUUCUUGAAAUUAAUUCCAUCUUGAUCAUGCAGACAGGUUACUAGGCACAGGGAUUUGAGGAGUUCUUCCCUCAGAUCGACACAUGUAUCUUAUUGUUCACUUGUAAAUUCAACGAUUCUGUCUUCCUUCAUGAAUUCACGUUAUUCUGUUUCCCCCCUUAAGCUCAUAGCUGUGUUCGCUUCUUUCAUGACUGCAAACACGAUUCCGAAACUACCCUUGAAUGUCAGGAAGAUGGAUAUCUUGUUUUGGAAAUCAUAUUCAUAUGUUGAGGCAUAUGCACGCGAAUAUCCUCUCAAUAUUAACAGUAAAGACAACAAACAAAGCUAAUAAAGGCGAGCGUGGAUGUGACAAUAAAAUAAAAUGGAAACAGAGUAAUGCUGGGUUCUGUUAUUCGUUUAUUUAUUUAUUAUUUAUUUUGGGGCCAAAGGUCGCGCAUUCGUCUUGAAAUAGAAUUGAAGCUCAACGGUCCUAAGAAAAUGGCGGGACAAACUGUACAAGACAAAAAGUGCUCCGAACAUUAGCAUUACAGUUCGACGGCAUUAUCUCCCCAAAUAUAGUACUUACAGCCGUCUCUCUGUGCGUGUGUCUGUCUCGAUGCCUGCUCUCUCGUUUUAGAAUUCCCAUUUUCCCUGCCAGGAACAAUGUUGGUCUUCCCAUGGUUGAAGUAAUCCCCACCUUCAUCAGAUCAUCGCCAUCUUAUAGUUCCUCAGACUGCCGCCAACACUCUAGUGUCGUCCAUGGGAGGCUGCAUAUCCACGCCAGGCAAGACAUUCCCUCGCAGGAGGUCCAAGGACGGCGCCAAGUCAUCCACGCCCAAAUCGGGCUCCCUCGCGCCGCCGCCGACGCAGAAAGCCCUCAACAUCCGCCCCAUCAACGUUAUCGAGGACCCGGCACCCGACGACAUCUUUGAAAAGUACGAGUUUGGCAAAGAACUCGGGCGCGGCGAGUUCGGCGUGACAUCCAGAUGCGUGGAGAUUGAGACCGGGAAGGCGUUCGCGUGCAAGAAGAUCGCCAAGACGAAGCUUCGCACGGAGAUUGACAUCCAAGAUGUGAGGAGAGAGGUGCAGAUCAUGAGGCAUUUGCCAAAGCAUCCCAAUAUUGUGAGCUUCAAGGAGGCUUACGAGGACAAGGAUGCUGUGUAUCUCGUCAUGGAACUUUGUGAAGGAGGCGAGCUUUUUGACAGAAUCGUCUCCAAGGGCCAUUACACAGAACGUGCCGCCGCUAACGUUAUCAAGACAAUUCUUGAGAUUUGCAAGGUAUGCCAGGAGCACGGGGUGAUGCAUAGGGACUUGAAGCCAGAAAAUUUCUUAUUUGGAGAUGCAAGCGAGUCUGCUCCCGUGAAGGCAAUUGAUUUCGGGCUUUCUACCUUUUAUGAAUCUGGGCAGAGGUUUAAUGAAAUUGUUGGAAGUCCCUAUUACAUGGCUCCAGAAGUCUUGAGACGUAACUAUGGACCAGAAAUUGAUGUGUGGAGCGCCGGCGUGAUCCUUUAUAUUUUACUUUGCGGGGUUCCACCCUUUUGGGCAGAAUCCGAGGAAGGGAUAGCGCAGGCAAUUAUCCGGGGAAACAUCGAUUUUGAAAGAGAUCCUUGGCCUAAGGUUUCAGAAGGAGCAAAAAAUCUGGUUAAAAACAUGCUUGAUCCAAAUCCAUACAGCCGAUUAACUAGUCAAGAAGUUCUCGAACAUCCGUGGAUACAGAACAGAGACCAAGGUCCAAAUGUUUAUCUCGGAGACCAUGUACGAAUGAGAAUCAAGCAAUUUUCCUUGAUGAACAAGUUCAAGAAGAGAGUUCUUAGAGUGGUGGCAGACAGCCUCCCAAUUGAGCAAAUAGAUCGGAUCAAGCAGAUGUUCCAUAUGAUGGACAAGGAUAAAAAUGGAAACUUGUCGUUUGAAGAGCUCAAAGAUGGUCUUUCUAGAAUUGGACACCCUCUUCCUGAUCCUGACGUGCAGAUGUUAUUGGACGCAGCAGAUACAGAUGGAAAUGGCACACUGAAUUGUGAAGAGUUCAUCACGAUGAAUGUCCAUCUGGGAAAGAUUGGAAGUGACGAGCAUCUCUCGGAAGCUUUUUGUUACUUUGACAAGAAUAACAGUGGUUUUGUGGAAUUUGAUGAAUUGAGAGAUGCCUUGUUGGAUGAUGACUUAGGUCCCUGUAAUGACCAGGUGGUCCAUGACAUCCUAUUUGAAGUCGACUUGGACAAGGACGGUCGAAUCAGUUAUGAGGAGUUCAAGGCAAUGAUGAAGACAGGACCAGAUUGGAAAAUGGCUUCUCGCCAAUAUUCAAGAGCAAUGCUAAAUGCGUUAAGCUUCAAAAUGUUCAAUAACAAAUCUGUGAAAUGUGCCUAAGUUUCUUGAGGUAUGGCUCAUGGUCAAGAUCCUUGGUUAAUGCUCUCUUGGAAACUAGGAAGGUUCGAACGCGACAGAUACAUUGGACAUGCUGUAAUGAUUUGAACUCUGUAGCCUGUACAGUUGGUUGUUGCACUCUGAGGAAAAUGGGUCGCGGGCCUUUUUGGGGAGAAGGUAACUAAGGAGUUAUAGUCACAUCAUGAUCAUUGUCAAAUUCUUUUUUGUCUCAAGAGUGUAAUUUCACCGAUUUAUGGGGAAGACUAUUGACAUUGGUCCUGAGAAUGGGAUUUUCUUCAAACUCAAAAGGAGAAUCGAAUUGGUGACAGGUUACAAACCAAGAGUGAUGUCUCAGAAUGUUUUUAUCUC